AUGGACCGCCCCUCCUUCAAGCGCAAGUUCGACAGCGACGAUGCCGGCGCCCGCAAGAAUCCGAAGACGGCCGCCGACGGUGGCCAGGCUGCCGGCAAGCCCAAGAUGUCCUUUGCCCAGCGCAUGAUGGCCAAGAUGGGCUACAAGGAGGGCCACGGUCUGGGAAAGACCGGCGAGGGCAUCCUCAACCCCAUCGAGGUCAAGCUGCGGCCCCAGGGCGCUGGUGUCGGUGCCGUGAAGGAGAAAACCGAGCAGGCGAAGCAAGAAGCGCGCCGUGCUGCCGAGCGUCGCGGUGAGGAGUAUGAGGACUCGUCCGAGGAGGAGCGCAAGGCGCGUCAGCGCAGGAAAGCCGAGCGCAGGAAGGCCGCCGAAAGUGGCACCAGCGGAGCCAGCACGCCCUCGGGCUUCACCCGCCCGAAGACGAAGUACAAGACCGUUGCCGACAUCGAGGCUGCCGCCGAAGGCCUCGAGGUGCCGAAUGUGCUGAAGAACCUUAUCGAUGCCACCGGCAAGGAAACGAAGCUGCUUACGUCUACCGCGGGGCUGAUGACGCCUUUGGGUGGAACUCCGUCGGCAGCUACCGAAGCUGAGAAAAUCGCCACGCGUGCUCGCCGCGAGCUCGAGGCUUUCGCGAACUCGUGGACCGAAUUGACGGAGCGCAAGCAGUUCAUCGACAUAGAAGAGGAACAGCUCCAGCGGGAGAUCGACGAGCAGGAGCAAGCUAGCCGCAAAUUGCAGGGGGUCACGGACGUGGUCGAAAGACUCAGCCGCCUGGAGUUGAGCAGGCCCAGCACUGCUGACGACGCAUCCGCCCGCUGGGAACAGGUCGUUGCCGAGCUCGAGACGCUGCAGUUCGAGUUCCGCAAUGAGCUCAUGCAGUUUGGUCUGCAAGAGGCCGCUGUGGCCGCCAUUGCCCCGCUGUUCAAGCAGGAAAUGCUUGACUGGGAGCCAUUGGAGCAGCCCAUGCAUCUCGUACCAUACAUCCACCGCCUGCGCACAAUUCUGGGCAUCGGUAAGGAUGAUCUCGUGCUUCACAGCGGACAUGAUGACCUCUAUGGCUACAGAAGACACAAGUCGACCACCCCGUACGAGUCGCUCAUCUACUCGCUCUGGCUACCCCGAGUACGGACGACUAUCACCAACGUGUGGGACCCCUUUUCUCCAACCCCGCUCAUUGCGCUCGUCGAAGCCUGGAAGGACAUACUGCCCCCCUUCAUCCGCUACAGCCUCCUCAACAAUCUUGUCGUGCAAAAGCUCAAGAACACGCUGCACGAUUGGAACCCCAGAAGCUCUCUCAGGAAAAAGCACACCAAGCCUCUUCCCCACAUCUGGCUAUUUCCAUGGUUACAAUAUCUUGCUGAUGAGCAUACUAAUCCCAAGUCCUCCACUGGCCUGCUGACGGAUGUGCGUCACAAGUUCGGCUCCGCGUUCAGAUCCUGGGACUUGUCUCGCGGUGUCAUGCCUGGCCUGGACAGCUGGCGGGAAGUACUUCCCAACCUGGAGCACACACUUGUCCGUUACCUUCUACCGCGUCUAGCCAUGCAUUUGUCGACAAACUUCACAGUCGAUCCUUCUGACCAAGACCUGUCACCACUUGAGCACGUCCUUGCCUGGGCUGCUUUCUUCAAACCCAGCACCAUGGGCCAGCUCAUGUUAGCAGAAUUCUUCCCGAAGUGGCACAACGUCCUACACCUGUGGCUUACAUCGGACCCCGACUACGAAGAAGUCGGACAGUGGUUCAGCUGGUGGAAAGAGCAGUUCCCCGAUACUGUCAACGCAGUGCCGGCCGUCGCGCAGGCCUGGGAGCAAGGUUUGGAGAUGAUGAACACCGCCCUUGACUUGGGCGACGAUGCAAAGAACGCACUGCCGCUCCCCGACGUGCCGUCGGGUAUCGUCGAAGAAGAAGAAGAAGAAGAGAAGCGUCCCAACUUCGCGGCAUCGACGGCCAGCAGAGCUGCCGAGGAAGAUGCGACUACCUUCAAGGAUGUCGUCGAGGACUGGUGCGGUGAGAACGACCUCUUGAUGAUCCCGCUCCGUGAGGCAGACAAGACGACGGGCUUGCCGCUGUUCAGAAUCACGGCGAGCGCAUCUGGUAAGGGCGGUGCUGUAGUUUAUCUGAAGGGAGACGUCGUCUGGGCACUUAAUAGAAAGGACGAUACGAAGGAGCCCCUUGGGUUGGAAGAGGGCUUGAUUAAAAAGGCCGAAGGGAAGUAG